AGGACUAUGCUCUUAUGAAUUUGACCAAGUCUCUCUUCCCUUAAACUCUCUACAUUAAAUAAAUAAAUUGUAGCACUUGCUCGAAUCUCUCUUAUCAACCCUUUACUCUUUCUAUCAUUAAUAUUAUUUACUCUCGGUCAAGAUGAGUGACAAUGGUGAAGAAGUUGGAGAAAAUCGUCCAGUUCCCCGUUUGAAUGAAAGGAUUCUUUCAUCAUUGUCAAGGAGAUCAUUAGCUGCUCAUCCUUGGCAUGAUCUAGAAAUUGGACCUGAGGCUCCCCAGAUUUUCAAUUGUGUUGUGGAGAUCACUAAAGGAAGCAAGGUCAAGUAUGAACUUGACAAGAAGACUGGAUUGAUUAAGGUUGAUCGGGUUUUGUAUUCAUCAGUUGUUUAUCCACAUAACUAUGGUUUUAUCCCUCGCACACUGUGUGAAGACAAUGAUCCAAUUGAUGUUUUGGUUCUCAUGCAGGAGCCAGUUCUUCCUGGAUGUUUCCUGCGAGCAAGGGCCAUUGGACUGAUGCCCAUGAUUGACGGGGGAGAGAAAGAUGAUAAAAUCAUUGCAGUGUGUGCUGAUGACCCAGAAUAUAAGCACUUUACUGACUAUAGAGAACUUGCACCUCAUCGCAUCUCCGAGAUCCGACGCUUCUUUGAAGACUACAAAAAGAAUGAGCACAAGGAAGUGGCAGUUAAUGAUUUUUUACCUGCAAGCGUUGCUAUUGAUGCCAUCCAGUACUCAAUGGAUCUCUACGCAGAGUAUAUUCUGCACACCUUGAGGCGAUAGACAAAAAUGCUAUUCUACCAUCUCCAUCAGAAUAAGCCACAAUCUACAAUAUUACUUUAAUAUACUUUAAUCAACCGUAUCUAUACUUCAUCCCUUUUGUAUUUAGUCGGAUAAUAUACCACAUAAUUGGUUUAUUAACCGUGCUUAAUGUAAUGCUUAAUAUCAACUAUAGUCAUCGAAAUUGAAGUGUUUUAA